AUGGAAUCACUAGACAUAGAGAGUGAGUGUAAACAAAAAAAGUUCGCUCUACCAGUGGAUUCAGAGAAUAAAUCCAUAAACUUUCCACUAUUUUCAGUAGCAAAGCCUCAUAUGCGAGCAUUUCAUCUAUGUUGGAUACAAUUUUUCGCCUGUUUUUUAUCCACAUUUGCAGCACCACCUCUGCUUCCCAUCAUUCGUGACAACCUUAACCUGACAGCAAAUGAUAUUGGUAAUGCAGGGGUUGCAUCAGUUUCCGGUGCAGUAUUCGCACGUGUUGCAAUGGGUGCCGCCUGUGACUUAGUCGGUCCUCGACUAGCCUCUGCAACCCUCACCCUCCUCACUGCACCUGCAGUGUACUUAUCUGCUGUUGCAGACUCAGCAACAGGGUUUUUUCUUAUGCGGUUUUUCACCGGGUUUGCUUUGGCUACUUUUGUGUCAACUCAGUACUGGAUGAGCUCCAUGUUUUCUCCACGAGUUGUGGGUAUGGCUAACGGGCAGGCGGCCGGGUGGGGGAACCUAGGCGGCGGUGUUGCCCAGUUUGUUAUGCCUCUUGUUUACAGCAUUAUACUUAAAACAAGGGCAACACCGUUCUCGGCAUGGAGGAUUGCUUUCUUUAUACCUGCUAUACUCCAAAUGACAUCAGCAUUUGCAGUGAUGCUUUUCGGGCAAGAUUUGCCAGACGGGAAUUUCCACCAGUUGCAGAAGUCUGGUGACAUGUACAAGGAUAGCGCGUCAAAGGUUUUGUACCAUGGAAUGACCAAUUACAGGAGCUGGAUCACUGCUUUGGGUUAUGGGUUCUGUUUCGGGGUGGAGUUAGCAGUAAACAACAUCAUUGCGUACUACUUCUAUGACAGGUUUAAUCUGAACCUUAAUAUUUCAGGAAUUAUUGCGGCUAGUUUUGGGAUGGUGAAUCUAUUCUCUAGGCCUAUAGGUGGUGGGUUAUCAGAUUUCAUGGCUACAAAGUUCGGGAUGAGGGGAAGAUUGUGGAGUUGGUGGAUUGUGCAGACUUUAAGUGGUGUAUUGUGCAUUGCUCUGGGAUUGAUUGAUACAUUAAGUGCGUCGAUUGCAGUGAUGAUUAUCUUCUCUGUGUUUGUUCAAGCGUCUGAAGGACUUACAUUUGGGGUUGUUCCUUUUAUCUCCAGAAGAUCAAUGGGAGUUGUUUCUGGCAUGACAGGAGCUGGUGGAAACGUGGGCGCGCUCAUAACCCAAGUAAUUUUCUUCAGAGGCUCAGAAUACACAACAGAGAAGGGAAUAACAUACAUGGGAAUUAUGAUCAUAGCAUGCAGCCUUGGCAUAACUUCCAUAUAUUUCCCACAAUGGGGAGGUCUCUUCUGCGGCCCUAAAGAAAACUUUACAGAAGAAGAGUACUACUUAAGGGAAUGGGAUUCAAAGGAACAAGAGCAAGGACUCCACGAGGCGAGCAUGAAAUUCGCUGAAGGUAGCAGAAAUGAAAGAAGUAGAAAGACAAAGUCAGUACCAACAGAAGAGAACACACCAGUUCAUGCCUAAUUGCAAUUAAAUAACAGAAGA